ACACACAGUGGCUAAAUACUCUAGGAAGUGGUAUUAUCCGAGGAGCUGACUUCCUCCUGCCCUACAUUAGACUGAAAGAAACGAUGAAGAGAGAGGUCAACGCAGGGGUGAAUUUCCUGAGACACCUAGCCGUGGAGCGGGGUGGCUUGGAUGGCACCAAAGCUGACGCUUUUGCUGGAAAGCUGCGGCAACUUCUGCUCAACAAAUUCAAAGACCACUGGUACCCCGACAACCCCAACAAAGGACAGGCAUUCAGGUGCAUCAGGGUAAGCGAGGGGGUGCCGUGUGAUGAGGAGGUGCUGAAGGCGUGUGAGGAGAGCAAGCUCAAACUCAGCGAGCUGGGCCUCCCAUGUGAGAUUGCGCUGUGGAUCGACCCACUGGAGGUGUGCGCACGGUCAGGGGAGAACUGCAGGUACUUCACAGUAGCUCGUUUCAAAGAAGGAGAAGAGGAAGAUGAGGAAGAUGUGAAAGGAGACAAAGAUGUUGACCUGGAUACGUCCGACUACCACUCCGCCACCUCGUCUGACUGUGGCUCUACUGUCUCCAGCGACACAGAGGAGGAGGGGAAGGAUGGAGAGACGGUGGGGAGAAAAGAUGAGGAGAAGAAGAAAGAGAAAGGGGGAAAGAAAGAAAAGGUGGAGGGCAUACCUUGUGUGAUUGCCAUGAUGCCCAGGGUUCGGGACAGGUUCAGGGUGGAGCAUGCUCAACAGAACGUCACCAAAUCACUGCUCCAGCCCACCUCUCAGCAGUACUUCUACCACCCUGCCCCUGUGUGGCCCACAACGUACAAGAAGAAGGGUCCUGUGUUCCUCACCACAAUAUACGCGCCUCCGCCUCCCCCAGCGUUCGGCUACUACGUCCUGCCUCAGCCACCCCCGCAGUUCAUCAUGCCUUAUGCCACUCUGCAGCCAUGGGGGGCUGUGAAGAGCUAAACCAACUGGUUGGAGAGGGGGAGGUAAAACUGCCCUUUUACCUAUGAGCCAAUCACGAUGGGUCUAUGCAGGUUUUUGAAGGUGUGGGUGAGGCGCAGUUAAGAUAGUUUGACAAAAUAUUUGAAGGGUUAGCGGGGAGCACAACUUGUUUCAUUAUAUCAUUUUUGAAUUGCUGUACACUUUUUCUUAUUUUUGGUGAAAAUCAGUUUUGGGGAUUUCCUCUAUGUAACUUUCUUAGGUAGAAUUGCCACUGAAGUAAACAAGGAAUAUACUAAAACAGGCAUUUAGUAAAUAUUGCUACAGGCACUUCCCUAAGGGCUGCCAGUGUGUUUUGGUUUAGGGUAAUCCACGGAUUAAAAGUAGUCUAUUCAUAUUGCUGAAGUGUCUAGAGUAGGCCUGCUAGACAGUCUGUUGCAUAUUGACUAGUUUAGUGUGAUACUGUAUUCCAGUGGUAUUCAACUCUUACCCCGCGAGGUCCGGAGCCUGCUGGUUUUCUUUUCUACCUGAUAAUGAAUUACACCCACCUGGUGUCCUAGGUUUAAAUCAGUGCCUGAUUCGAGGGGUAUUCCUUCAUUGGGUGCUCAUAACAUCUCAGGAAUCCUCAGCAAUAAGCUGAAAGCCUAAGCUUUUAUGAUGAUUUUAUAUAGUUUUGUAAAUAUUAUAGACUACCUUUUAAUCUGUCACCUCUAUGAAGCAUCAAAAUGGUGAAUGUGCACUGUAGGAUAUAGACCAGGGCUGCCCAAUCAUGGUCCUGGUGGGCCUAAAACACGUCUGGUUUUUGUUUCUACCUGGUAGUUAAUUGGACUCACUUGGUGUCACAGGUCUGAAUUAGUCCCUGAUUAGGAGAGGAUGAAAACCAGUAGUGUUUCGGCCCUUCAGGACCAGGAUUGGGCAGCCCUGCUAUAGACUGUAACGAUAUGCAGCUACAUGUGGUAACAUAUGUACCGUAUGUACCGUGUCUCUUGAGUUCUCAGAAGCUGCAUCUUACUGCAUAUCAUUACAAUAUAAUGUGUCAAUAUGAGACAAUAGAUUACCACAAGCACUGUACAGUAUAUGAAAUGGUAUUCUGGAAUCCAAUCUAAUGUGAUUUACUAUUUUUGACAAUUCACUGUGAUUGUUAUCUGUCAAGUACAGACGUCUCUCUAUUUUAUAAUAAUUAACAGACCAACCAGAAGCUUUUUGUACAUACUGUAACCUAUUAAGAAAUAGUAAUUAUCAACCACAUUUGUUUUUUUGAAUUUGUUGUCAUUUAUUUUUCCACCUGUGUGUGGUACCAAAAUCAUUGUUGUAAAGUCAAAUUCAAUGCAUAUUUAUGUAUAUUCUCUAUUUUAUAUAUCUUGAUAAAGUUUGUAGUGUUGGUGCAUGUAUCAUUUUAAAUGGUUAUUUGUUCAUAAUUUCCUUUUUUAGAAAUCUGAAAAGUCUGCUUUAGGCCAGAUUGAAGAACAAUCUGUCCUUAAUGGCGAUGUACUCUUAUAAUCUCCACCCGGCACAGCCAGAAGAGGACUGGCCACCCCUCAGAGCCUGGUUCCUCUCUAGGUUUCUUCCUAGGUUCCUGCCGUUCUAGGGAGUUUUUCCUAGGCACCGUGCUGCAUUGAUUGCUGUUAGGGGUUUUAGGCUGCAUUUCUGUAUAGCACUUUGUGACAUCUGCUGAUGUAAAAAGGGCUUUAUAAAUAAAUGUGAUUGAGUGAUUGCUGGGAUAAAAUGGGUCUGAACUGAACUGUAUUCACUCCUGUAUAAUCAGUCUUCCAUGGAUUUACUGUAAAUAGUUUUAUAUACUGGAAAUGAAAAAUGCUUGGGUGAUCCAAAUGUUUAGCUUUAAUAUGAAUAGAUGUUUUCAUAACUUAAUACUUAUAUUCUCUAUUUUUAUACUAACUUUUAUUGGCCCAUUGAUCUGCUUUGGAUGCAUAUUUAUUCAAUGUUAUGAACUGCCUUUUCACUUGUUCUGAGUACAGAGCAGUACUCUGUUCACACGAUUCUUACUGUAUCUGAUAGACAAUUGUCCAUGCUAAUGUCUAUGUUAAGCUGUGUCAGUUUUUAUACUAAUCAUCUCUCUGUCUUGUCAGCACAUAACAUUAAAUCAACCGAUUUAUAAAAUCAAA